CUUCUAUUGUUUCUCCUCUCUGUGAAAUCUCUUCCCUUAGAAUUUCAACUUCUUUUCUGCUCAGAUGACACAGAGGAAAAACACCUUCAACUGUGACAUUCUCAGGGGAAACGUGGUCUUUGUUAUUGUCAGUCCUAGAGACAGACACACAGACAGAUUUCCUGACACAACUGGGAAGUGCUGUGAAGACUCAGUAGAUCCCCUGCAUGUUGCACAGGAGAAGGAUCAGGACACAAGCCACAUGGAAAUAAUGGAUCUCCAAAUCAAGAACUGGCCCGAUAAGGAAAAGGACUGGGGUAUCUUUGCUGCCGGAUAUCGAUUGGUCCCAUUUGGAUCAGAGAUCUCCAAUAAGAACAGAAUCAGAACAGUUGGAUUCAGUGCAAUUCAAGGUCUUCAUCACAAACUCGACAAAAUCCAAAGUCCAACCGCAAGGUUGCCAUCUCCAUACAAUGAAUGUGGUAGAUCAUCCAACCAGAAAUAUUCCAAACAUAAGAGGUCUUCUGCUCUCAAUGAGACCACAGAACGCAACACGAACAAGCAAGGUCGAUAUGGUUUGAGAAAGUCUAAAAAUUCUCAAAACUGUAAAAGCUUAAAUUCAGGAUUAAAAUCUCUCCGUAGAAAGAUGUCUCCACAUAGCAGAAAACAAAACAUUGUGGCUAAAAUCAGCAGUCCUGUGAAACCUUUUAUCUGCCCAAAAUGUAAGAGGAGAUUUUGUAGCAAUAGGAACCUUCUCACCCACCAGAGAAUUCACACGGGGAGGAGGUUUGCCUGCUCUAAAUGUGGGAAAUGUUUCUCUCACAAGAAGAUCCUCAUAGCUCAUAGAUGGCUUCAUACUGGGAGGAAACCAUUCACCUGCACUGAAUGUAAUAAGGGCUUCUUAUGGAACAAAGAUCUUCAAAAACAUAAGAAGCUCCAUGAAAAGGGGAAGAUGGACAUCAGUGAUCUUGGGGCUCACUCAGAAGGAAAUCCUUAUAUCUACACUGAGAACAGGACAAGCUGCCGGAAUAAGAACAUGUCUGAGACUGAGUUUAAGACUCACACAAAAGACAAGAGCUUUACCUGCACUGAGUGUGAGGAAAGCUUCAGUCUUAAGAGUCGACUCAUUGCCCACCUUCUAAUUCAUACAGGAGAGAGGCCCUUUGACUCUACUAAGUGUGGGAAAAGCUUCAGAAGAAAUCAAUAUCUGAAAGAACAUCUCAGCACCCACAGAGAAGAUCGACCCCAUGUUUGUACUGAGUGUGGGAAAACAUACAAAUAUAAACAUGGUCUAAAUACUCAUCUUCACAGUCACAAAGUCAACACGUAUUUUCCUUGCAGUGAGUGUAGGAAAAUCUUUAGUUCUAAGGCUUCACUCGAUAUUCAUCUUAGACAUCACACAGAAAAGACUUUCCCUUGCACUGAGUGUGAUAAAACCUUUAAACAAAAGAAAAACCUUAAAAGGCAUCAAAUGAUCCACACGGGGGAGAAACCAUUCGAGUGCACAGAGUGCGGGAAACGCUUCCGGGAAAAAAGAAAAAUGGAGUUACAUUGUCUCAUUCAUUCCGGUGUGAAACCUUUUGAGUGUUCGGAGUGUGGCCAACAGUUUAGAUUGAAACAUGGACUUAAAUUUCACCAGUUAAGUCACACCGGGGAAAGACCACAUGAGUGUAGUGAGUGUGGGAGAGGCUUUAGGUCUACUUGUGAACUUGCUGAUCACAUACGGAGUCACACAGGGGAGAAACCAUUCAUCUGUAGUGAGUGUGGGAAAAGCUAUAUGACUCACGGUGGCCUUGUUUGUCAUCUACGCACUCACACAGGGGAGAAACCUUUUGUUUGUGUUGAGUGCGGGAAAAGGUUCCAGCAAGCGGGUAUGCUAAGGUCCCAUCUUGAGAAUCACAUCAGAAUAAAGAGGUUUCAAUGUGCAGAGUGUGGGAAAAGCUACAUUUUAGAGAAAUGUUUUAAAACCCAUCUUCUCAUUCAUACAAGAUAGCAGUAUUCCUGUGUACUCUGUGUGAGGAGAAUUUGCUACAUUUGGUUUGAAUAAAUGUGUUGUCUUCUGA